CUUUCCUCAAUGCCUGAAAACACUCUUAACAAUAGUCUAAUUUUUGUGUGUUCGCAUUUCACACACAAAACGGUAUAAUAUUUUGUAAAUAUUUAAAAACAAUAAUUUUACAAAAACAAUUUGGUUGUGAGGCAAUAACGUAACCCUUAAAACGAAGAUGAACCCAAUAGUUUUCACCUGAAAUUGUAAUAUCGUACUUAAUUCCUACAUCAUCAAAGCAUCAAUUUCCAUUGCUAUUCCGCGGACGCGUUUAGAAAACUUUGACCGAUAAUAAUCAACGUUCUGUUGAAUAACUGGAAAUGUUUUUGAAACGCUAAUCGGUAAUGACAGCUUGUCCUCCCUUCUAUCCGCUAAUUACUGUUCGGAAUAUGUGUUCACACUGGUGAUCUCUAGGUGCACACUAACGGAAUAGUGCAUUUCGCAACCUUUUUUUCGGAUUUAAAGAACAAAAAGAGUGUAUUUUCCAAUCAUACAAAAAGGAGGAAUUUCAAAAUGCACUGCCCCAUGAUGGCUAUACUGUGAACAUUCAUAUACGAAAACUUACUCAUUUUUCCAAACUGAAUAGCUUUCCGACUGAAGAAAUUUUCUUCAUGUUGAAUUAAUUCAUUCUGUUCUCCGACCUACGCUCCUACCCUACUCUUUUAAAACAGUUCUUGCGCCGAAAGCGUUGCGCAGGCGGUGAGGCCAGAGACACAACUUGUAAGGAUUGAGGUGAUCACAGAGGUGUGCUUUGAGAGAAAAACUGUGACGCGUGGGAGGAUAGUAGGCUUCUAGGCUACAUAAAUAAAUAUUGGAACGAGCAAGAUCCAUAAGCGAAAAUGCGAGAUGCCAACGGGCAUUAUCAGUUGAUUGACAGAUUUGUGAGUGACAUCAAACAAGGAAAAAUGCUUGAUUCAUAUACCAUAGCCACAGCCACUGUUGAAUUAUUGAAAAAUAUUAUCACGCACGCAGAGUGGAAAACAGCAAAGGAGUUACUGAGCAUUAUCAAAGAAGGUGGUCGAAGUUUAUCAAACUCUUUGCCCCUUCAUGCUUCUGUUGAUAACAUGGUGAGAAGAAUUUUAAAAAUCAUCCGAGAAGAAUAUAUCUCAGCACAACAGAACAAACAAGAGGAGGUUGAUCCCCAAGAAUCUCUUCAUAAGAUAGUUACAUCAGAGGGUGAUGAUGAUGAUUACAGCAAACAUAUUCCACAGCUAAAAUCCGCAAUUCUUGAACAUAUCAGUGAGUUUCAAGUUGAACUUGAAACUAGUGCAGAUAACAUUGCCCAACAAGCAAGUGAACAUAUCCAUUCGAAUGAAAUAAUAAUGACUAUAGGGAAAUCUAAUGCAGUUCAAGCUUUCCUGAAGAAAGCUGCUGCUUACAGAAAAUUUGAAGUCAUAGUCGCAGAAUGUGCACCAUUUUGCCAUGGUCACGAGUUAGCCUUGAGCUUAGGAAAAAGUAAAAUCCAAACAACGGUUAUAACUGAUUCUGCCAUAUUUGCUAUAAUGUCCAGGGUGAAUAAAGUUAUUAUUGGCACUCAUACAGUAAUGGCAAAUGGUGGGCUAAGGGCUCUUUGUGGCAGCCACACAGUCGCCCUUGCAGCUAAACAUUUCUCAGUUCCUGUGAUUGUUUUGGCACCAAUGUACAAGCUGAGUCCUAAGUACCUGUGUUCCUAUGAUCAAGAUGCAUUUAAUAGUUUUGUCUCACCAGAAGGAGUUCUCAGUUAUGCAGAUGGUGCAAUACUCUCCAAAACACAUGUUUUCAAUCCUGUGUUUGAUUACGUACCUCCGGACUUGGUUACACUUUUCAUUUCAAACACGGGAGGACAUUCACCAUCCUAUAUUUAUCGCCUCCUCAGUGAACUUUAUCAUCAAGAUGACAAUGAAAAAUAAGAUUGGGUAGAAAAGAGAUUUUUUGGAUUUUUUUGAUACUGUGAUAAUUUUUGCAUAUUUCUUUUUGUAAAUAAAAAGAUUUUCAGUUAUUUACUGCAACAA